UGAGGUCACCUUCUUCAGAUUUUGUCACUUUUCUGCUUGGUACUUGCCAGUUGCCACGCCUGUCCACCCACCAUCCCCCAAAACCAAAACAAACAAACACUGCUACUUUAGCUCCAUUCACACCAAACACAUUGACCAAACCUCCUCAUCUUCCAAUUCAAUCUCAAGUCCCAGAUUUUGUUUUGCAGGAUUCAUGGGUUUCUGCAAAUCGGUCUGUUUGAUUUUCAUUCUCCAUGCGUUUCUGCCCCUGCCCAUUUUUUCUUCAAGGCCCUCUGUGAGCCCGGAAGAGUUGGCUCAAAUCCCAGUGAACUUCCUUGACUUUGCCAAAAAAACAGAGCUGUUUGAUUGGAUGGUGGGUAUUAGGAGGAAGAUUCAUGAAAACCCAGAACUCGGGUUUGAGGAAUUUGAGACCAGUAAGCUUAUCAGAGCUGAGCUUGACCAGAUGGGCGUCUCCUACAAGCACCCGUUUGCUGAAACCGGUGUUGUUGCCUAUAUUGGGACCGGUUCACCGCCUUUUGUUGCAAUCCGAGCGGAUAUGGAUGCUCUUGCUUUGGAGGAGAGUGUAGAGUGGGAGCAUAAGAGCAAAGUUCCUGGGAAGAUGCAUGCAUGUGGGCAUGAUGCCCAUGUUACCAUGGUUCUUGGUGCUGCGAAGAUUCUUCAAGAGCAUCGCCACGAGUUACAGGGAACGGUAGUACUUGUUUUCCAACCGGCCGAGGAGGGAGGUGGAGGAGCAAAGAAAAUGUUAGAUGAUGGAGCACUGGAUAAUGUUGAAGCCAUUUUUGGGCUUCAUGUUUCUGCUGCUCACUCUAUUGGUGCAGUGGCCUCCAGGUCUGGUCCUCUUUUAGCCGCGAGUGGUUUCUUUGAGGCAGUAAUAAGUGGAAAGGGAGGUCAUGCAGCCAUUCCCCAGCACACAAUAGACCCAAUCUUAGCAGCUUCCAAUGUAAUUGUUAGCUUGCAACAUCUUGUUUCACGCGAAGCCGAUCCCUUGGAUUCACAGGUGGUUACAGUCUCUAAAUUCCAAGGAGGUGGUGCAUUCAAUGUUAUCCCGGAUUCCGUCACAAUUGGUGGCACUUUCAGGGCAUUCUCAAAAGAAAGUUUUAUCCAACUUAAAGAAAGAAUUGAAGAGGUUAUAACAAAACAAGCCAGCGUACAAAGGUGCAAUGCAACUGUCAUCUUCAAUGCCAGUGAGAAGCCCUUUUACCCAGUGACUGUAAAUGACAAAGAUCUGCAUGAGCAUUUCUGGAAAGUUGCGGGGGACAUGCUGGGCACCCAGAACAGGUUAGAAAUGCAACCGCUGAUGGGAUCAGAAGAUUUCUCAUUUUAUGGGGAGGUGAUUCCAGGAUAUUUCUUCUUCCUUGGGAUGAAGAAUGAGACUCAAGGACGGUUUGAAUCAGGGCAUUCACCAUACUUCAGGGUUAACGAAGAUAUUCUUCCAUAUGGAGCAGCUUUACAUGCAUCAUUAGCCACAAGGUACCUCCUGGAAAAGCAAUCCAAACCUAAUCCACCAAAGGGGAGCUUUCAUGAUGAACUGUGAACUGCUGAAGAAAGAUUGUGAGUGAAAGGCUUUUUUUGAUUGAUAUAAAGCACUGCCACAAUUUUGAAUUGCAUGUAAAUCUUGACACUGGAAUCUGCAACCCCUGUAUAUUUAACUUAUCAAUCAUUUAAGACAACCUCUCUCAA